AUGCUUGGGGCACUUACCCCUUAUGUUGAGUAUGCAGCCGCGGCAACAUCCCUAUGCUUUCUCCUAUCCCCGCUGGUGGAGGUGCAGAAGGUGCAUCGCUCUAAGGGCGAAGCUCUCGGGGACGUCAACCCUGUAAACUUGCUUCUAAUGCUUUUAAACUCCGCACUUUGGCUGUGGUAUGCAAUUUUCCUCCCGGUUCCUCCAGCGGUACUGUGUAACACCAUUGGGCUAGCAGCAUGCUGCUACUAUUUGGCCAGUUGCUGGUUCUACGCACGUCAGCGACAAGAGAAGAUGUGGGGUACAGCCGCAGCGUUCAGUACCAUCCUGGCCUUUAUGACGAUUUGCCUGGCGCUGGCCUAUGCGUCGUCCUCCUCCGCGCACGUCGAGCAGGUGGGCUACAUGGCCGUGGCAGUGAACAUCUUGGCAUAUGGUGCCCCGCUUUCAGUGAUGAGCCAGGUGAUCGUUGAGCAGUGCUCCGGGCCGCUCCCUCCUGUGCAGUGCGCGCUUGCACUGUCAUGCAGCUUCCUUUGGCUUUGUGUUGGCCUUGACCGGCAGUCCAUGCCAAUGAUCAUCCCAAAUGCAUGCGGUGUACCUCUGGCUAUCUUGCAGCUAUUCCUUCUCUGGCGUUAUCCGCGUACAAGGCCAGCAGGCAAGGACCUAAUUGCCACAAGCACCGCAAAGCUCAGGCGAUCUCUCCGUUAUGGUCGUCAUGGUUCCCGAGCCGGGGGCUACUCGCAGUUCUGGAGAUCCGCACGGAAGUUGUCCAAGCCACUGGCUAGCACGAUGCUUGUGGUUGGUAUCAGCACAGACUCAGAGUCCAGCUGUGCGGACAAGACAGACUGCACGAGAUUUGUAUAG